CUCGGGCACUCAAUGCCCGAUUGUUGGACCUGGAACAGGGUGUACCAGGACCAGCUGCUGAAGCUUCCAGCAGUGCACCCUCAAGCCGGCAACUGGAGGACCGCGUUGACCACAUAGUGGCAAUGCUCGGCGACAUCAGCACCUUCGCUGCGCCGACCACCACCAUCAGCAGUCAGCUGCAUACAUUGAAGACCGAGGUCCAGAAGCUGCAGUCGACGAACGCGGACGACAAUCCAAAGAUGUACAAGAUGCCAACUUUCAACYUGGAGAGGUUCGACGACUACACRCAGCAGGAUCCCGUCCUCUGGUGGGAAGCAUUCACAAUGCAACUCAGGAUUCUGCCAGUAGCCAAACAUGCGUACAUCGGCGCCCUGUUCCUAAACUCAAAGGGCGGAUGCAAGACCUGGUUGAGCCACCUGGCAACCUCCUACGGCGUCGACGUACCAGACUUGAAGGACGUAAUCACAUGGGAGGAACUGACACGGCUGUGGAAGAAGCGGUUCAUCGUCGAYGACGCGCCGGCACUCGCCAUCAACCGUUUGUUUACCAUGUCACAGGGCAACACAACAAUACGGGACUGGCUCACGGAGUGGCAGAAGAUUGCGGCUGGGCCCAAUCUGAAUCUACCAUUCGAGCAUCUACGCCGUGAGUUCUACAACAGGUCCUGUGCUGCAUUGAGCCAGGCUCUUGGUGAUUGCGAGCAGUACUCAACCUUCGCGGAGAUCAUUGACAAAGCGAGGGAAAUCAUCAAGACCAACCGGUCAGCUGCACACGAGAAAUCAACAUGGCAGCCGACCUAUGUGGAGAAGGCACGAACUGGUCCGCGACAGCAGCACUUCGCUGCAGUCCAGCAGGACAGUCGAGAUAACCCAGCAGCCACUCCAGCAUCAUGUGACGGAGAUCAGGUGGCUGCUGUCCAGCCGCGAAGCACCAACAAGUCCCGCAACAAUGGGAAGGCGAAAUCCGCAUCGCAGGCCAGAAAUGGACAGCCAGGACAGUUUUCAUGGGUCAAGUUUGGCUUGACCGAGGCAGAGUACAAGCUCGGGAAACUGAGCUCCGCGAAAGGUGAGGCGACUCCACCUUCUACUCCGCCAGAUUCGGCCGCCUUGCUAGCGGCCUCCUGCACAUCUGGGGAGGAUGCGAAUGUCGCAAGUCCUCGGUAUACUUACGAGGAUUAUGCUGUCCACUUGGUUCCACCGCUAGACCAACCGCUCCACGUGCAACAGUCCACCGCAUGCACGGUUUCAUCACCAUCGGCAACCGAUUCGGCAGCUUCGYCGCAAUCUAUSGCCGGGGAUUCGACGUCAUGGUCAAGACUUGAUGAGCUCGAUCCGUUGACGUUCACGGACUUCCAGUGGAUGCCUGUUCCCUCGACCGGACGAUUGCCGAAACCGCAUUGCAACGUGCUUAUGGCACAAUUGCGGGAUUACUUGCACACUGCAGUACCAGCUCCGUUGAUGGACGCCGGAGCAGAGGUUGUCGACCUUCACGCUUUCAUCGCGAAGAUCGACCGCGAGUUCAAGACGCAACGGUACGACGACAUCGACGCACCAUUGCUAUACAUACGCAUUCAGAUCGGAGAGGCGACCUGCAGUGCCUUGAUCGAUUGCGGAGCAUCUCGCAACUACAUCAGCCAGGACUUCAUGGUACGYGCCGGCCUUGGCCCACGUGUCCGGAGGAAGUCCCWGCCUACGCAAAUCACYCUGGCAGACGGUCAUACGCACAAGUCCAUCGACCGGUGCAUUGACGCCGUCCCAGUGUACUUCGCCCCUCACGCAAGUGAGGCGGUGUCCUUUGACAUUCUGGACACCAAAUUCGACAUGAUCUUGGGCAUGUCAUGGCUGCGAAGCAAGGAUCACCCGGUGAACUUCUUCAACCGCACCGUUCACGUUCGUGACCGGAACGGAGUAUUAGUUCCAUGCACGGUGCCUCUUCCUCAUCCUUCGAUCAGUUACCACGUGGUAUCCGCCGCAAGCAUGCGAGCUUCCAUCAUCAAAGACGACAUCGAGGAGAUGGGGGUGUGUUUUCUCCACGCCCUCCCGCCACAUGACGCUUCAUCGACGGACUCACCUUCGGAUCCACACAUCACCGAACUUCUCGACGCCUACAGCGACGUGUUCGAAGACCCGCUUGGUGUAAUACCGGAUAGACCCAUCCGCCACGAUAUCAUCCUCGAGGACGGGGCCGUACCUCCGCGCGGUUGCAUCUACCGAAUGAGCGAGGAAGAGUUAAGUGUGCUUCGGGCACAACUCGACGACCUUCUAGAAAAAGGCAGGAUUCGGCCUAGCUCAUCGCCAUACGGUGCUCCUGUUCUCUUCGUCCGGAAGAAGAACAAGGACAUGCGGUUGUGCAUCGAUUAUCGCAAGACGACCUUCUAGAGAAAGGCUGGAUUCGGCCUAGCUCAUCGCCAUACGGUGCUCCUGUUCUCUUCGUCCGGAAGAAGAACAAGGACCUGCGGUUGUGCAUCGAUUAUCGCAAGCUCAACGCGCAGACGAUCAGGAAUGCCGACCCUCUCCCACGCAUCGACGACCUUCUCGAGCGAUUGGGCGGCGCCCAGUUYUUCUCUAAGYUGGAUCUCAAGUCAGGGUACCACCAACUCGAGAUUCGCAAGGAGGAUCGCUACAAGACCGCGUUCAAGACUCGG